UGGCGCGCCGUGAGGUUCCGGUUCCGGCUCAAGGGUGAAGUGCCGGUUGCCAUGUGGGGAGAGUGUGAGAGUGAAAAGUAAAAUUAUUCGCUUUUAAAAAAAAGGAGAGCAAAAUGACUUCUUUAGCCUUUCAGCUGAAACGCUUGGCUGUACCGCAGAAUGACCAAAGUCUCCUGUCUCGCAGAGAAGCAGCAUCGUUGCUGUUUGAUUGUAAGGAAGCUGCUACUAUUGACAGAGACACUUUCUAUGCCAUAGGAUGUACAGGUCUUGAGGAACUUAUUGGAAUUGAUUCAUCUUUCGAAGAAUUUCAGUCAACACUCUUCAGCCAAGCUUCCAAAGGUCUGGAGCGUAGUGUUCAGACUAAAGCAGUGAACGCCCAGCUCAAUGAGAAUAUAUUGGUUUUUCUGACGCGUUUAUCUCCAUAUUUUAUGCUAAAACCAGCCCAGAAAUGCCUUGAAUGGCUUAUUCACAGGUUCCACGUUCAUCUGUACAAUCAGGACAGUUUGAUUGGUUGCAUUCUUCCCUAUCAUGAGACCAAAGUGUUUGUGAGAGCUAUUCAGCUUCUUAAAAUCAGUGACCCAACUCAUCGCUGGCACUGGCUGGAGCCCAUACAGAAACCAGGCGUCCCAUUGGCAAGAAGUACAUUAAUCACACAUUGUUACAAAGACCUGAACUUUAUGGAUUUUAUCUGCAGUCUGGUAACUAAAGCUAUCAAGGCAUUUGCAGAUUAUCCUGGCAAUGCAGCACAGUUGAGGGUUCUUUUUUCUUUUUAUGCAUCCACCAUUGUGCCAGCAUUAAAUGCUGUGGAAAAGAUAACAGACACCAUAGUAGCCAAACUGCUUCCAUAUAUCCAGAAGGGACUGAAAUCUUCAUUGGCAGAUUAUAGAGCUGCUACUUAUAUGAUAAUCUGUCAGCUUGCUGUUAAGGUUGUCAUGGAAACCACUCUGAUAAACACUUUGGCCCAGCAGAUCAGCAAAGCUCUUGUGAAGAUUCCAACUCUGAUACGAGAGGGACUGAGUUGCCUGAUUAUUUUACUGCAGCACCAAAAGAGAGAAAAUAUUAGUAAAAAAACCUUUAAUCAUCUCUGUAAUAUUCCUGACCUCGUUACAAUUCUCCAAGAGAUUGAUGCUCAGUACCAAGUUUCUCCUUUGCUUGACUAUUUUCUACCCACUCUGAUCCAUUCCAUAAUCACAGCUGAAAUGGCUGAAGAGCUGGAAGAAACUUCUGUUUGCCAAACCCACAUCCAACUGCUGGAAGCCAUACUUCAGAACAUUACACUGGAGAGCAACGUGGACCAAGUUGUAGCCAAUGUGCUUCUUGAGGAGUACCUCUCCCAUUGGACAAAGAAUAUCAACCUUGACAAUCUCUCUGCUUUAAAUCAGAAAAUUAUGCCCGUGGUCAGACUUGUGGAAAGAAAGUAUCCGAAUGCUUAUAAUUUAGCCUUGGAAGAACAAUUGAAAAAAGUUAAAAGCCAGAGAGAGCAAGAUGUCUUUCAUCAGUUUAUUUCUCUGUCUUUGAACAGUGCCAAGCAUCAGCUGUUGGCAGAUUCUAACACAUCUUUGUUGCUGAGUCUGAAUCACCCACAAUAUAUGAUCCGAAUAUUUGCUGUUGAACGCUUGAAGGAAAUCGUUAAAACCUCACAGGAGGGAUGUGAUGAUCUUUUUCUGAAGGAAGCUAUUUUGGAGCGGUUGAAAGAUGACAGCCUAGAGGUAGUUCUGAUUGCUAUGCAAGCUCUGGAGGCCUUCUCUAGACAACUUGGUCAAGAAGAGACAGUUUCGUGCCUUUUGUCAUUGUUUCAAAGAGUGGACCUUUCUGAGAAUGAGCAUUGGCAUAUUGUUCUUGAAGAGGCAGUUAAGUUUUUAAGUUCAGAAGGAUUGCAUAAUGGGAAUGAAACACUGACUAAUCGGGUAUGGAUGGAACUUUUGCCCUACAUGGUAUUGACCAACCCAGCCAAGACUUCAGCUGAACAGAAAGUAUCGAUUUCUAUUGCUAAUUCAAACCUCUGCUCUAUUACUCCUCUACUCCAUGGCUGGUCAACAGAACUCGAAAAAGUUAUUGACAGCUGUAAUUCAAAGGAAGUUGUGGGUGAAGCAAAUCAGAAACUGAUCCAGCUUCUGGUGAAUAACUUGUGUUUGAUGGAGCCUCCUUUUAGGACUCAAGCAAUGGAAAAUCUCAUACAAGUCGUUGGAAAACUGUCCUCAAACCUGAAACAGAAGCUGAUCUCCAAUGUACUAAGUUUUGCUUUAGUUCAGACCUUGGAGAAACAGUCUAACCUAGAUUCUUUGCCCUUGGCUUUGCAAGUGUACAGUAUUCUGGAGAAAAAGCUGAAGAAACUAAUUGCAAAAAAUUCAGAUAUGAAGGUUUCCCAGAAGUGGCAUCUUGGUUCUGUUGAAGAGAACAUGGUGCCAGCAGGCCUGCUUACUGAAUAUGUGGAAAAUAUGCAGCGUGGCAAUGCUAAAAGUGCAGAAACUGGAUUAAUCCUUACUUUGUUGCUAAAGAAAUUUAUUGUUGCUUUCAAACCUCCCGAAUCACUGUUGAAAGAUCAGAUGUGGUGGAAUCCUGAAAGCUUGGAUCGGCAAAGCUGUGAUUAUCUUCAUCUUCUCAUUGAUUUGUUUGACCUUAUUGUUUGUGGUGCUAGUGAAGGAAGCCAUGCAGGAAGCUUCAGGACGCUCAUGCAGCUUCUGUUUAAGACUCACUUGAAUGACCCCAGUCAUCUCUUCAAGUUCUUGUCGCUUCUGUGGACCUACAAUUGUAACCUUAGCAACCAGUUAAACUGUACAAUAAGUGCAGUAUUACAGACUCGAGCCCUUUACUUGGGUCAUGCGAUACUUGCAUCGCAGUCUGCAGAGGAUAGAAGUCUGAUUGCAUCUCCAUCACUCCCAGUGGUGGUCUCCUUACUCAUCAGUUUAGGAAAUCCUGUCAGAGAAGUGCGCCGGGGAGCUAUUGCCUGUCUGCAAACGUUAACCAAAAUGCAAGGGUCUGUCUAUCAAGUGGUGAUUGAUAAGCUUGCCCGUGUGGCGGAAGAGAUUAUUGCAGAUCCCACUCAUUUAAGUCAAGCUCUGAGUAUCUUAUUUGAGGAACUUUUAACACCUAGUAAAUCAAGAUCACAACAUAAAAAGCUAACAGAAGCCCUGGAGAAUUUUCUGCAAUGCAUAGGAGAUGCUGGAAGACCAUCAUAUGUAGCACGUAACUUGCUGAAAGCAUUUGAGGUGGUGAAUGGAGAGAUUGUACUGUCCAAGCUGUUGCCCCUAAUGGAGAGACUGCUAGAGGAAGAAUCUGAUGCCCUUCUCAAAGAUGAAGCCCUUAUGCUACACAUGAUCCUCUCAAAGUACAAUGAAUAUUCCGCAGCAUUACUGGCAAAGGAUCCACAUAGUCUGAAUCUUUUCGUCAGUGCUUUAAAUAAUUCCAACGAGGUGUACAAAGGGUUACCAGCACUGCAGAUCACUGCACUUGAACAGAUCACAAAACGGUUCUUUGCAGCACUGCCUGAUGGGAAGAUUCAGCAGAGGUUGCUGGGAGUGCUAUUCGACCUGCUUGUGCAAUGCAAAAACCCAGUCUGUGCACAGACGAUAAGCAGUCUUUUCAAGGGAAUUGUAGUUGAUGCUGAACAAAUUGCCCAGGAACUAGGACCUUUGGAAAAAUCUCAAAGCCGUGCAACCGUUCAGCAGACCAGGAGGCAGAAAAUGCAACAGCAGAGGAAAAUCCAAGAUUUGCAGAAUACAGAGACUGAUUCUUUAACCGGCAGUAUUAACUGGCAGAGAGUUACACUCAUCAUGGAAUUAUUGCAACAUAAGAAGAAACUCAGAAGUCCCCAGAUUCUGGUUCCCACCCUCUUCAACCUUCUGUCCAGGUGCCUGGAUCCAUCAUUGUCUGAGGAGGGCAGCCUGGAAUACACAAAGCAGCUGGUCCUAAACUGUUUACUGAACCUCUGUCAAAAACUAUCACCAGAAGGCACCAGGAUCAGCAAAGAUGUCCUUGAUGAAGAGAAGUUUAACGUGGAGCUAAUUGUUCAAUGCGUCAGAGCUUCUAAUAUGCCUCAGACACAUCAUCAUGCUUUACUGCUCCUGGGUGCUGCUGCUGGAAUGUUCCCUGACAAGGUUCUUCAUAAUAUCAUGCCCAUUUUUACCUUCAUGGGUGCCAAUGUGAUGCGACUAGAUGACAGCUACAGUUUCCAAGUGAUAAACAAGACAGUACAGACCGUAAUCCCAGCACUUAUUCGAGCGGAUGAUGAAGGUUCUGCAGAAACCAAACAGAAUGUGGAAGAUGUUGUUAGAAAAAUCAUCCACGUGUUUGUGGAUGCCAUGCCACAUGUGCCUGAGCACAGGCGAGUACCCAUCCUUGCACAGCUCAUUAGCACAGUGAGUGCGGAGCGCUUCCUUUGGACCCUCCUGUUGCUUCUUUUUGAGCAGCACGUGACCAAGACCACUUCUGCAGCAAGCAAUGGUGAAAAGGAGGCUGUUUUGGAAAGAGAUGUUGAGUUCUGGAUUGCUGUUUGCUGCGAAUUCAGUGUUCAGGAGCAGCUCCAGAGUUUCAUCAAUAUUUUGCGUUACUUACCCCAGCUCCCAGAAGACAAGGAACAAACAGCCGAAGGACAGGGAAUAAUGAGGACAACCAGAAGCAAAGCAAGGAACCCGAGUGAAGUGGAACCACUGUUCAACGUAGACACUCACACAGCUAAACAGCUACGGCAUUUCAAAUUUCUUUCUGUGUCAUUCAUGGCUCAGAUUCUCGCCUCCAAUAGCUUUGUUGGAAAGGUUGCAGAUUGUAACAAUUCUGAAGAGAAAGUUUUGCAGAAGCUUGAACAAAGUUUGUUGGAGGAAAUUCUGUGCUACAUUAACGUGGUUGCUCGCAGUGUGGAGGAGAAUGCAGAGAAACCAACAGCCAAAUUCUGGAGAGCUCUACUCAACCGGUCGUACGAUGUCUUAGAUAAAGUGAAUGCCUUGCUACCAACAGAAACCUUCAUUCCAGUGAUACGAGGGCUAAUGAGUAAUCAGUUACCUUCAGUUCGACGUAAAGCUAUGGAUCUCCUCAAUAAUAAGCUCCAGCAGCACAGAACAGUGUGGCAGGAACAUCAGGUGAAGUUGCUUUUGAGCCUGAUUGAGGAACUUCUGAACGUUGCUUUCUGUAAGGAAAAAGAGGUGGAACAAGCCGUUAACCGUCAGACAGCCCUCUUCAGCCUGAAGCUCCUGUGCAGGUGCUUUGGUACAAAUCACCAGGAUUCAUUUGUACCUGUGCUGGCAUCUGCUGUUGACCUCAUCAUGGGCAAUGAAGAGGAGGAAAAGAAUGUGCUGGGAAGUGCAUUGCUUUGUAUAGCUGAAGUUACAACCGCACUCAAAGCAUUGGCAAUACCACAGCUUCCAAGGCUGGUGCCAGGACUGCUGAAGACCCUGAAAAAACAGAAGGAACUACCGUCCAAUGAGAUUUAUUUACUAAGUGCUGUUACAGCAUUGCAGAAGGUUGCAGAAACACUGUCACAUUUCAUCAGCCCCUACCUACUGGACAUCCUAGCACAAGUUACCCACUUGACCAAGAUUGCUUCAAGGACAGGCCAUUCCUCACAGCUUGACCUGCGUCUAACAUUGCUUCGAACUACGCUGGCCACAAAGCUAGCAUCUCGAGUUCUGUUGCCGGCGACUAGCAAAUGCUACGAUAAACUUGCCAACACCAAUCAGAGUUAUUUAGGUCCACUUUUCGAUAUCCUGAAGGAACAUAUUAAUAACGUGGAAAAGGAACAACUGAACUCCCAUCAAUCUGAGCUCACAUUAUUCUUCCUCAAAGCCCUGGAUUUCAGAGCAGACCAUUUGGAGGAUAGUUUGGACCAAGUGGGUGAAAUUGAGGGACAUGUAAUUAACUGUCUAGUUGUUAUGAUAAUGAAACUUUCAGAGGUUACCUUCAGGCCCCUGUUCUUUAAGCUGUUUGACUGGACUAAAACUGAGGGGUUCCCUAAAGACCGUAUGAUUACAUUCUACCGUUUGGCAGACUGCAUUGCAGACAAGCUGAAAGGGUUAUUCACCCUAUUUGCUGGGCAGUUAGUGAAACCUUUUGCUGAUAUUCUGAACCAGACAAAUGCUGUCAAAGUUGACGAAGCUUUCUUUGAUUCAGACAAGAACGUAGAGAAAUCUUGCUUACUGCUUCAAUUUGUUUGUGACUGCAUGCACAAAAUUUUUCUCUAUGACACUCAACGAUUUGUCAGUAAGGAAAGAGCUGAUACUCUCAUGAUGCCCUUAGUAGAUCAGCUGGAAAACAUGCUGGGAGGCGAGGAGGAGUAUAAGGAUAGGGUAACCAAUCAUCUUAUCCCAUGUAUAGCUCAGUUCUCUGUUGCUAUUGGUGAUGACUCUGUCUGGAAACCUCUAAAUUACCAGAUCCUGCUUAAGACAAGACACAGCUCAUCAAAGGUGAGAUUUUCUGCUCUGGUUAUGCUGCUGGAACUGGCCGGUAAACUUAAGGAGAACUACAUGGUGUUACUGCCUGAAACCAUCCCCUUCUUGGCAGAGCUACUGGAAGAUGAUUGUGAGGAAGUGGAGCACCAUUGUCAGAAAGUUAUCCAGCAGCUUGAAGUCAUACUUGGCGAACCACUGCAAAGCUAUUUCUGAAAACUGAGUUGUACAAAGUUUUUAUAAAAGUUUAUAAAUGUAAUUUAUGUACAGUAGGGGUUCAUACAGUAUUAAUUUUCUGUGAUCUGCACAGCUAUUUAAAUGUGCUGAUACCACUGCUGUUGGAUUGUUGGUGCUGAACCUGCAGAAUUUUAUCUUCAUAUACAUGAAAAUCAACAAUUGUGACAACUGGCAACUCAUCAGGCAGUUUAUGUGGUCUCCAUAUUGCUGUUAAUAAUCAUUGGUAUCAUCUUUCAACUUUUAAUAAACAGGUUUAUAAACCA